CUUGAUAGGGAGCGCAGGCGCCGGAGUGAAAAACAGCAGUGCCCAGUUCUUCUCGGGCGUACUCUUCUGGACUUACACGGUGUAACUGCUCCAGCUGUAACAAGCCUAUGCUUGGAGGUGAUGAGAAGGUUUUUGUUACUCUAUGCUACACAGCAAGGACAGGCAAAGGCCAUAGCAGAAGAAAUAUUGGAAAAGGCAGUUGCACAUGGAUUUUCUGCAGAUCUUCACUGUAUUAGUGAAUCGGAUAAGUAUGAUCUCAAAACAGAAACAGCACCUCUUGUUGUGGUAGUUUCUACCACUGGCAACGGAGACCCACCUGACACAGCCCGCAAGUUCGUGAAAGAAAUACAGGACAAGACGCUACCAGUUGAUUUCUUUGCUCACCUGCGGUAUGGAUUAUUAGGUCUGGGUGAUUCAGAAUACACGUACUUCUGUAAUGGGGGGAAGGUAAUUGAUAAACGACUUCAGGAGCUUGGUGCCCGGCAUUUCUAUGGCACUGGACAUGCGGAUGACUGUGUAGGUUUAGAACUUGUGGUUGAGCCGUGGGUUGACGGGCUUUGGGCUGCCCUCACGAAGCAUUUUAUGUCAAGUAGAGGAAGAGAAGAGAUGACUGGGAUUCUCAAAACAGCAUCAACUGCCUCUCAGAGGAUGGAGCCUGUGAAACCAGAAUUAAUACACAUCGAAUCACAAGUUGAGCUUCUCGGAUUAGAUGACUCAGAAAGAAAGGAUUUUGAGGUUUCGGAACAAAAUGCAGUGAACAGAGGUCAAUCAAGUGUUCUAAUUGCAGACUUUGAGUCCUCACUUACCCAUUCGAUACCCCCGCUUUCCCAGGCCUCUCUGAAUAUUCCUGCUUUACCACCAGAAUAUCUGCAAGUACAUAUGGAUGAGUCUCUUGACCAGGAGGAAAGUGAAGUGUCUGUGACUUCAGUGGAUCCUGUUUUUCAAGUUCCAAUUUCAAAGGCAGUUCAGCUGACUACGAGUGAUGCUAUGAAAACCACUCUUCUGGUAGAAUUGGACAUUUCAAAAACAGAUUUUUCCUAUCAGCCUGGAGAUGCCUUCAAUGUGAUCUGUCCCAACAGUGACUCUGAGGUGCAAAGCCUGCUCCAAAGACUGCAGCUCACAGACCAAAGGGAACACCGUGUCCUCUUGAAAAUUAAAACAGACACCAAGAAGAAAGGAGCAACAUUGCCCCAGCACAUACCCGAGAGACGUUCUCUCCAGUUCAUUCUUACCUGGUGCCUCGAAAUACGAGCGGUUCCGAAAAAGGCAUUUCUGCGAGCCCUCGUGGACUAUACCAGUGAUGGUGCUGAAAAGCGAAGGCUGCAGGAGCUGUGCAGCAGACAGGGGGCGACCGAUUACAACCGUUUUGUGAGAGAUGCCUCUACCAGCGUGUUAGACCUUCUGCUUGCUUUCCCGUCCUGCCAGCCUCCGCUCGGCCUCCUGCUCGAACAUCUUCCUAAGCUUCAGCCCAGACCAUAUUCAUGUGCAAGCUCAAGUCUAGCUCACCCAGGGAAGCUUCGCUUUGUUUUUAACAUUGUGGAGUUUUUGUCCAAUACCACAUCGGUGGUUGUGCGGAGAGGCGUGUGCACGGGCUGGCUGGCCACGUUGGUGGAGUCGGUUCUUCAGCCAAACACACGUGCAUCCCAUGCAGACGGCAGGAAAGCCCUGGCUCCAGAGAUAUCCAUCUCUCCUCGGACAACAAAUUCUUUUCACUUACCAAGUGACCCUGCAGUCCCCAUCAUCAUGGUGGGUCCGGGAACUGGCAUCGCGCCCUUCAUUGGUUUCCUGCAGCACAGAGAGAAACUCCAAGAACAACAUCCAGAUGAACACUUUGGGGCGACAUGGUUGUUCUUUGGCUGCAGACAUCAGGAUAGGGAUUAUUUAUUCAGAGAAGAGCUCAGACAUUUCCAGAAGCAUGGAAUCCUAACUCACCUGAAGGUUUCCUUCUCAAGAGAUGCUCCUGUCAGAGAAGAAGAAGCCCCAGUGAAGUAUGUGCAAGACAACAUCCAGCUUCACAGCAAACAGGUGGCAAGGCUCCUUCUUCGUGAAAAUGGCUGUAUUUAUGUGUGUGGAGAUGCUAAGAAUAUGGCCAAGGAUGUAAAUGAUACCCUUGUGGAAAUAAUAAGCAAAGAGGUUGGAGUUGAUAAACUGGAAGCAAUGAAAACUUUGGCUACUUUAAAAGAAGAAAAACGUUAUCUUCAGGAUAUUUGGUCAUAAAAUCAGAAAAUGAAGAAAAUUAAGAGUUUUUUUGUUUGUUUUUGGCUGAAAGUACUGAAAGAGAACUUUGACGCUUCAGACUUUCAAUUUUCAAAAUUAAAAACAAAAUUAACUUUCCUUAGAGGAGGUAGGAUGGGGAGUGGAUCUCGUAAGAGGAUAGCAGACUUCUGGUCUGGUUUUCCAUAUGCCCCGGCCUCACCUCCGCGUGCCUUUUGUAGGCCCCCUGAGCUGAGGGGCACCCUCACUUCUCCACGAGCACCUCCGGGGCCACUCCUCCAUCCUGGGGAACUUGAACAGAUCACAGGGACUCUGUAUCUGUUUGUGUGGGGGCUUCCCGGUAGGGCACGUGGGCGCUGGAGUCCAUCAGGCAGAGCGUUAAAUGUGUGAAGUCAUGUUGCCAGUUUUUUAAAUAAUGUAAAAAUAAUUUAUUCUUAUAUGAAAUAUACCAUAAAAAUAUGUUAAAAUUACAGUGUAUAGCAUAUCUGAGUAUAUGUUGGUAUUUAUCAGAUAUCUAUUUUAAUAUCAAAACUAUAUUUCUGAUAAAAAAUAUUUUAAGGUAAUGCCUACAGGGAAUUUUCUUUUUAUAGUCCUAGAAAUGUGAAUUAUAUUUUGAAAUUCUGCUCUGGCAUAUGAUUUAUUUACCACAAUUUUUUACACCAGUUUCAGAAAUUAAGGAAAUUUGCAUUCAGUUUACAGAUGUGAACCAGUGUGUAUUUUAGUAAAGCUACCUUAUUCUCCUGCCUUUGCCCACCCCCAAAUCUUUUCAUUUAUGCUCCUUUUGGCAUAAUUUUUAGUUUUUCCACAUAACUUACCCCCGUAAUAUCACACAAACUGUAUCCAAGGCUUAAAAUAUCUGCUGAAAUUAAUACCUUUGUAUUUUUAAAUUCCUACUUCAGUUUGAAUAUUUUUGUUUCCCAAAAUACAUAGGCUCAAAUCCUAACCUCCAGUGUAGUGGCUUUAGGAGGUUAGGGCCUUUGGGAGGUGCUUGGGUCUGAGUGUGGAGCCCUCCUGAACGGGACCAGUGUCCUGGUGAAAGAGGCCCACACAGCUCCUAGCUGCUCCUACCGUAUGGGGACUCUCAGAAGCUGCAGUCUGCAGUCUCCAAGAGGCCUUCGCCGCAGCCCAACUGAGCUGGCAUGCUGGCCCUGGGCUUCCAUCUUCCAGAACUAGGUCAAAUGAGUAUCUCAUUAUAAGUCACCCAGUGUCUGCUUUUGUUACAGCAGACCGAAUGAACUAAGACAGUUCCCAGUGACAAAUUCUCUUAAAAUUUGUCAAAACAAAGUGAAAGGGGACUUGAUAAAUUUUUAAUAGUCUCUAGUAUAUAUUGUAUUUGUAUUUGAGAUUGGCAUUUCAAAAAACAAAUCUCUGUGUCAAAGGCUUCUGGCCUUUUGAAAAAUAAAGAUCUGAGGAAAUUUAAUCUUAAGGUUUGAUAAAGCUUUAUGACUGUUCAUUACAUUAUUCUCUAAUCUCAUAUUUGUAUGAUUGUACAACAGAAGUAAAUCUAAAAAGGUAUAAGAAAACAUCAUGCAAAUACUAUGUUACAUACAUAAUUAAAUGUCCAUGUUGUAUAUAUAUAUAUAU